AUGACCUUUGGCAACAUCAAAGCCCGUCGAGCAGGCAAAACUCCAUCCAAUUGCAAUGGUCCCUGCAUGGGCUACGCCGUCCUAUCUCUCUGCUGUCUCCAGGGAAUCUACCAGUUCACCAACCGGAGCAACAUGCGCGCGCAGUACCAGAUCCAGGGAACGUGGAGCGACGAUUGCUGCUCCUCCUCAUGCUGUUGCUGCUGCUGUGCGCUCGUGCAAGAAGACAAGGAGUCAGCCGCCCGCGCCCCGUCCACCCCCGCUGCAGCAGCCCAGCCGACACCGCAGCCCCAGAUGGUAUACUCGCCACCGCCGGGGCAUGAGAUGGAAUAUUUCCCUCCGCAGUCGGCGAGCCCUAUGCCUGCACCCGCGGCGGCACCGGGUAUGACGGCCGCGGAGGCACGUCUGCUUACGGGGUUCGCCCAAGAUGCUACCACGAUUGCGACCACGGAUAUCAAAGCGGACGCCGGCGGAUUUUGA